AUGAGUAAGGAGGAGGAUAGCAGUGCUGCUGAUAGCAGUUUCAAUGACUCUAUCUUGAAAGACGAUUUUGAUCUUUCGACAUUGAAGAUCGCACAAUUGAAAACUGUGUUAACUAGCAAUGAGAUCGGGUUCAAAGCACAUGAUAAGAAGGCUUCUUUGGUAAAACUCGUUGAGGAUAAUUUGGGCAGUAUUAGAAAGAAUUUAGAGAAAGAUGGAGGUCUCAGUCCGCUUGUUAUUCCCAGUGUUAAGGUUACGAAGAAAAAGCGCGAAAGCAAAAAAAGGAAAUCAACUACUCCAGAAUCCCUGGAGAAAUCUUUGACCAAGGCAAAGGCUAUUAAGAAAUCAACCAUCAAGGAGGAAAAUGAGGCAAAAGAUGGUGAGAGGCCUGUUUCAAAGAAGAGAAAGAAAAGGACAAAGGAUGAGGAUGGUCAGCGCAGUGAUACCGAAGAUACCAAACCUGUGAAAAAGACUCGUAAAACGAAAAAGAAGGUCAAAUCGGAAGAGAUUGGGUCCCCGAUUGCAAAAAAAAUUACCACGAAAUCACCUAUCAAAUCACCUCACAGAUCAUUGAUUAUAGACAAAUUUGAAUCGUCAGAUGAUGCAUCAGAUGAGACUGGUAAAGACGAUAGCUUCAUAAACUUUUCCAUCAAGAAAACAGCAAAACCAAAGAAAUCUGAAUUUCCAGAAGCAAAUAGCAUAUUGUCGGAUAUCCCAAACGAGCAAUCAUUAAAGACUAGAGCCGAAUUCCCAUCAGUGACAGAUUCGUCCUUGAACCCAUCUACUAGUGAGUCCACACCAAUCAAGAAAAAGGUUGAGGAUUCCAAACCAGCCAAAACCUUGCAAAAAGUAGAACAAGAGUCAGUCAAGAAAGAACUGCCGGAAGUUCCAGCGACUGAACUGCCAACUUUAAGAGAAGUAAAAAAAUUGCAGGAACAAGUGAACCAAUCUAUUAUUACUGAAACCGGGGAAGAGAGCGAUACCACUAUUACAAAAGCAGAAACUUUUGCCAAGGAUGAAGAAAGCGAGGAAGAGGUCCCAAAAUCUGCAACCGAAGAGCAGUCAGAAAAUUUGUUAGAGGAUGAAAACGAAGUUGAUGGGGGUGAUGAGGGUGAGCGUACAAUUGUUAAGGAUCCUACCUCAAUAAUUGAGGCCGCUAAGAAUAAAACAGACGAAAUACCUACUCAAGAAACUAACAUCUCUUCGAUAAUUAGAAAAGGAUUGAUAUCAACUGGGCGCUUCUUACUGAAAGUCAUUUCGUUUUUAUUAAUACUGUUGCCGAUUUUGUUUGCGUUGUGGUAUCGUGAACAAAGAAUCGCUGUUGGCUUCUGUGCUUCUGAGGUUGACAUUCCAACUCUUGGUAGAGAAUAUUCUAAUCCAUAUAUCAACGAAUUCGAAAACCAAUUAGAACGUUUCAAACCACAUUGUAUCCCAUGUCCAAGCGAUGCCAUAUGUUACCCUUAUUUGGAGAUCAAAUGUAAGCCGGGAUACAUUGUCGAAGAAUCUCCAUUAUCUCUUCAUGGGUUGAUUCCUGUUCAUGCUAAGUGUGUGAAGGACUCCAGAAAGCAGAAGCUUGUACAAGAAGUUGUCAAAAAGACGCUUGAACUCUUAAGAACUAAAAACGCCCAAGAAUCUUGUGGUGAAGAUGAAGAUGACUAUAAGAGCGGAAUUAGUAAUGCAGAGCUUUACGAAAUUUUCUAUGAGUCCAAAAAGCCAUGGAUCAAUGACGAAGAGUUCGACGCAUUGUGGCAACAAGUCGAGGUUGACUUGAAAGAGGAACCUGAGAUUAUUUGGAGGCAAUUACCAACAAGAUCAGGAAACAAUACUAUUUCAGGAGACUCCAACGACAUUGAUACAUCCAACUGGGACGUUGAAAUUGAAAGACCGGAGGGACAUUUUCAAGAAACAGAAUUCCAGCAGGGGUAUUUUCGAUCUACGUCUAAGAAGUACAUCGGUUUGAAAUGCCAAUUUGAAAGGCAAGUUCACACAACUUGGAAAAGAUAUCAAAGAAUCAUUCUGACCGUUGUAUCUUUACUAGUAAUAGUCCAACUUUUGAAAAGGUACAUUUCUAAAAAGCUACAAGAAAGAGAAAGAAUAGAAAAGAUUUCACAACAAGUGAUCAAGAGGUUGCAACAAGCGAUUAUCCUGCAAAAACAACCGAGAUACAUGUCAUCUGUGCAAUUGAGAGAUUUGAUCUUAAAUGAUAUGAACGAUUUGAACGAGAAGAACAGGCUUUGGGCUCUGACUACCAAGAAAUUAGAUGGUAAUACCAAUGUGAAGUCGACAUUGAUGGAAAUCCACGGGGAGAUCAUGAAAUGUUGGGAGUGGAUUGGUGUAUUGCCAUUCGAGAACGAAUCUGACGAAGGUUCCACAAAAAACAAGAACAACGAAAAUGAUCAAAAAUCACAGGAGUAG